UGCUUCCGGAGCUGGGCCGUCCCUUCCUCUCCCUGGGUCUGUGGCCCCAUCUGGACAGCCCCGCCAGGCGGGCAUGGCCCAACAGCCCCGGGGGUCCCUCGGCUUCUGCAGCGCCCGGGCAGCAUCCCAUCUCGGCGACGGAGCUCAGCCGGGAGCCUGCUCACGCUCAGACCACGGCAAGACCCUGGCGCCUCAGCGCCCGCCCGUCUCCCCGGGAAUGAGGCUCCUCGCCGUUCUCGCCAUCUUUGUGUCCUGCUGGGCAGCGCCGGCACACAGCAGCUUCUGGCAGUUUCAAAGGAUGGUCAAGCGCAUCACGGGGCGGAGCGCCUUCUUCUCCUACUACGGCUAUGGCUGCUACUGCGGGCUGGGGGGCAAAGGGACCCCCGUGGAUGACACCGACAGGUGCUGUCUGGCCCACGACUGCUGCUAUGAGAAGCUGAAGGCACUGGGCUGCCAGCCGGUGCUGAGCGGCUACCAGUUCCACGUGGUCAACGGCUCCGUGGUCUGUCGGUGCACCCUUGGUCCUGGGGCCAGCUGCCUCUGCGGGCUGAAGGCCUGUGAGUGCGACAAGCGUUCUGUGUAUUGCUUCAGGGAGAGCCUGCCCACCUACGAGAAAACCUUCAAGCAGGCCUUCUCCAGCCGGCCACAGUGUGGCAGGCCUAAGGUCCAGUGCUAGGGGGCCUGGGCCCCCCUGGGUGUCCGCGUCUGCUCCAGCAUCACUGUUCAGGGAAGGCGUCUCAAAUCGCCAUGGAGAGGCUCCGGUCCCUGCAGCUCAGCCCUGAGUGCCCUGGCCUGGGGUUUGUCUUGUCAUUCAGCACCUGAGCUGGAGAUCAGAGAUGGAAAGGACAAAACUGCCUGCCCUAAGGGAGCUCACAUUCUAUGACAUUCUACGAGGGACACGGCCCACAAAUGUCUACAUGUUGUAGCCUUGGGAGGAUGAGAACCAAGCUGCCUCUGCCUAUAGAUGUGUGAGGGAGCUGAACUGACAGCCGCAGAGCCAGCCCACAGCUGCGGAUGUGUGAGAGAACCCAGCCGAGACCAGAACAACCGCCCGGCUGAGCCCAGCCUAAACUGAUGAUGUGCAGACUGUGAGCCUAUUAAAUAAAGGCUGUGGGUUUAAGCCACCAAGUUUUGGUGUGGUUCGUG